AAUGAUUUAAGUAGAACACUUGGUGAGAUAUUUGAGAAAAACGUGGAGUUAACGACAGCAUUACAGUAAGGUUUCCAAACAAGGGCUGAAUUUCGAACAGAUCAAUGGUCAGCAGAAUAGAACAUUUGAAUACGAGGCUGCGAUUACACGGAAAAGGGACAAAUACUAAACGAAAAAUACCGAUUGAUGAAAAAACGACAAAAUCUUCUCCUGCUAUUAAGAACAAUAUUCAACAAGUAAGAUAUAAAUCUUUCACGCAUUUAAGUCAGUGUCAAAAUCUGAUUAAAACAUGCUUUAAAAGCUUGAAAACUCAAAAGGAAAAAUGGGAUACCACGUGAUACCGGCAAUGUUUCCAGUGUUCCUCCUACUGGUCCUCGUCACGUGUUGCAGUGCACACGGGGGAAUGCAGGAGCCACCAAUGCGGAGCCUGGCAUGGCGCUAUGGAUUUGACAUCCCCAUCAACUAUGAUUGGAACGCAUUGUAUUGCGGAGGAUUCUUUAAAUUCAACCAAAGCGGAGGAAAGUGCGGGCUGUGUGGAGAUCCCUACGACGGGCCAUUCGAGAAUGAUAGAGGCGGGCUUUAUGACACAGGGAUCAUCGUGAGGCACUAUCCCGCAGGCUUGAGGCAGAUAGAUGUCAGAUUCGAGUUUACCACCUAUCAUAAGGGUUACGUGACUUUUCACCUUUGUCCUAAUAAUGAGAUGACCUUGACCCAGGCUUGUUUUGAUGCUCACCCACUGCAGAUAGUGGAAGGUUCUUCAGACGACCCGUAUAAGUUUUACCCACCAAAAGACCCAAAACUGCACGAGGUCAAGGUCAUAUUGCCACCAGAUGUUGUCUGUGAUCGAUGUGUUCUCCAGUGGAUUUAUAAGGCUGGCAACAGCCAUGGUCAUCAUGAAAACGGAUCCUCUUGCAUUGGUUGUGGUUUGCAGGAGACGUUUGUCAACUGUGCUGAUAUAAGUAUUGGUAGACGUGUGGAAGAUAUCUUUGUACGUGAUGACACCAUCACUUCUGGGGCUGAUAUUGUUAUUCCUCAGACCGCAAACGUAACUCAGAUCAAUGACGAGGCUCCAUCAGAUUUAUUCGAGGCAUUAAUCAGAGCACUACGAGGCUUCCAGCAAUUUGUAGACAGACGCUUUAACGCCCCAGGGGCUAAUGUAGCAACGCAGGAUAGUGGAAUGGUUGGAACCAGACGUGGGGCAGGCGAUCUGCCAGGAAUUAAUCCAGACCAGAUAAACGUAUCACGAAACGAUCUACCGGGAGCAGGGAUGACCCCAAGACGCGUUUCACCAGGGCUUCAACCAAAUAGAAACAGAGUUCGCGACUUGCCCGGCAUUUCUGCUGAUCAGAUACAAAGUAUAUUAAGUUUUGGCCAGACCAACCUAUUUCAAGGACACCUCUCUAGAAUUGCGGGCAUGAACAUAUCUGUCGACCUUAAUGAAUCUUCUAGAAGGACUGAUGUCGACCUUCCUAAGCCUUCUAGUAUCUAUACCGUCCGUGAUAUAAAUCUACAAGACAGAAGGUUUAAUAUUCUCAUAAGGACAGAUGAUUCAAAUCAGAACACACAAGACCUUGCGAACCUGAGAAAACAUGUUCAAAACGUCUUGCAACGUAGCCGAAUGACUCCUUUUACUUCAACGGUUAACCCCAUGCGCGCGCAUUCUAAAGAUUUGCGCGUGCGCAAUGGCCAAUCCGUGUCAUUCAGUUUAGCGAGACGUAUUGAAGUUGACAGCUUAGCUGUUGCGCAACAUUUAUUAAAGAAAUAUCCGCAAAUGCGGGGAAGGGUGUUUCUUUCACCCAGAGGUCAUUUACGAAAUAUAAAUCGCCAAAUGAAAUAUCAAUAUGCUCGACAUACAAAUGGAAACCAAAGUGUGCAAAUGGCAGUUUGAAGCGUAAUGGCGCUAUCUGCUCCUUUAAUCAAUGCCAUUUACAUCUGUUUAGCUUUCGUCGUUGCUUUUAAUGUUAUUAUAAUAAGCAUACUGUUACAUCCUAAUGGACGCAAGGGCACGAGCAUAUGCACUUUAUGCAUGGCAAUUUGACGUAUAUCGUUACGCUUGUCCUAAAAUACAUGACUUCGCUGCAAUUUUUGUGAAAAAAUUCAUCUUUGUUAAUAUUAUAUGUAUAUUAUAUAUAACUUCGUAUAAUAUCUCCAAAUGUUUGGCAAAGACUGACAUAUUAACAAAGUAAUACAAUGGUUCAUAAUUAUAUAAACAACAUAACAAAUGUAAAUAGUUCAUCACAUGUAUUAUGCAAAGAGUAAAAUCAUACGGUGGUGUUAAACACGUUAUUGCUAAUUCUAUAUAAAAUUAUAUCCUUAUAUCAGAGGCAAUAUUAUUAAGUUCGUUGAUUGUUUUAGAAUAAUGCGGUGAAUUCAUCUUGAAAACACUCUGAUUUCUGAAAUAAAACGUCGAUGUUAAAGCUGUACCCUCACAGAUUGUCCGUUUUGACACUUUUUGAAAAUAUCAUCUCAGAAUCGGGUGAUAUUGGCAUGCAUCCCUUCAAUUCAGAUUAUUUACGAAAGAACAUACAGUCGAACCCCUUUGGCCCGCACCCCCACGGACCAGCGAAAUUACCUCGAGGCUCGAAAUAUUCGAUCCAAGCGGGAUUUUUUACCAUCAGUAUAAAGAAAUCGGUACCUUACAUCCAAUUCGAGCCAACGAGGAAUUCGAGCCAAGCGAGUUCGAGCGAACUGUAUCUCAAUUGUUUGUCUGAGUGUCGAGCGCUUCACAUCAGUUUUCGAACGUAUGAUUAGCAGCUAUCCGAUCUUUUGUCAGCUGACUUAUACCAUUUCGUUUCAAACAUUUCCGCAAAAUGGCUCAUUUUAAGACGAAAAAGUUGUCUCAGUCUGAUCAAUCCCUGACGAUGCAGCUUUAAAGUAUUAAAUAAAAACCAAUGUCGUAUAUGCUAAUGAGCAAAACUAUGCUUGAAAUGUUCACGAGUUUUUUUUUGUUUUGUUUUUUUGUUAAUUUAGAUUCAUUACUUUAGAUUUCGCGGAAUUACUAAGAAAAAAUAUGUUAUUAUGGCAAAACAUUGAUUUUCUAAUUAUGAUGAUAAAUGAUUGUUAUGUUAUACGAGCGUGAUCUUGAACUGUUCGUCAAUGACACUUAUUGUCAUAGGCUACGUGUAUGCUAAGCUGUAGUUAAAUGUCAUGAAUUAAAAUCUUAAUGGUUAAGAAUAGGCGAUGUGAGCGUAGGAUUUAUUAAGAUUUGAAUUCAGUUCAUUUAACUGACUUACAAUACAACCUCAUUGCAUUGUCACCUCGAAAUCUUACGCAGAGUGUGUGUAUCGAAUGAAUGGCAGUGAGUGGACAUUUAAACACCCGCAAAAGUUGAAAUUCUUAAUGCUUAAGCCUAGAACUUAAUCCUUGUUUAGAUCUGCAAUUCCAUUGGCUGUAAAUACAAAAUAAACACUGAUUGAGAAGCUGUUACUAAUUGAACGAUGGUAAUCAGUGGUAAUUGAAUUAUUGUUUUAACUGAUUUCUAUUUGACAGUUGUAAAAAUUAAUUAGAUAAAAAUUAUUGAAGAUGAAAGAAAAAUGGUUCGUUUUUCUUAUAGGAGUAGUUAUUAGCUCUUUAUUGUUUGGUGUCAUGUUUUAUUCGUGGCUUGCUCUUAUUCUUUAUAUAUAUUGCAAAAAAAGUGUUUUUGUAAUAAAAAAGGUAUAUGCUGUUUGAUUUUGUUUCCUCGGAAAAAAGGCAAUGUGUUUUAAAAAUCCGUGAAAUUUGGUUUUACCGUCGCUGUAUCUGUUUGAAAAGUAUACAUGAUUGUUUCUUACAUACACACUACAUACAAGCGAAAUACAGAGAAUACAAAUGUUUAUACUUUUAAUUGGACGUGUAGAAUGGUAACUGUUUUCUUAACUGAAAUCCUAUUGAAUAAAUAUGUUGUUUGUAAUGCAUACUUUGAUAAGAUUUACCUUUUGCGUUUUAUCUUUAUUAAGGAUUGUUGGGAAAAGAGUAAGGUUUGUGCACAUAAACUGGUUUAAAACCCGAGUAAAUUUACAUUUUACUGACCGUUCCAAGGCGGUACCUAACAAUUUUUGAUAAACAUACCUUUUUAUAUACAUAGUAUGUAUGCACUGUGUUGUUUGUGGAGUGUUGUGCUGUUGUUCUAUGUUUGUUGUUUGUGAGUUUGUGUUCUAUAUCUUUGGCGUUUGCCCAGUGCCACUAAACCGGGUUAACUUUUUGCUACUGAGCUUGUUUCUUUAGCUUUUUUGCAUAAAUAUUGUGGUAUAUCCGUAAACUUAUUAUGAUAUGUGCAUAAUAAAACUAUUAAACAUCUCA